AUGAAUGAUUCUUCUAAAAAAGAAAUUAUUUCUCUACCUCAGAGAAAUAGAAGAAAAAUUAACAAAAGUUUCAUUAGUGAAAGUGAAGAAGAAGAAGAUUAUGUGGAAAAAAAUAUAUCUAAUAAUAAAGAAAAAUUAUGUGAAAACAAUUUCAAAAAAACAUAUAAAUAUGAAUAUCUUGAUCACACAGCAGAUGUUAUUUUACAUAGUUAUGGCAAUAAUUUAACGGAGUGUUUUGAAUCAAUAUGCAUUUCAAUGUUUAAUUAUAUGUGCAAUUUAAACAAUGUAAAAUCAAAAAUAAGAAGAAAUAUAAUUGUAAAAGGGGAUAAUUUGGAUGAUCUUCUUUUUAAUUUCUUAACAGAAUUUCAUUUCUUAUAUGGAAAUGAAUAUUUUAUAUGUAACCAUAUUGAUAUUGUAAAAUUUGAUAAACAAAAUUUUUUAAUCGAAGCCAUUGGAUAUGGUGAUUUUUUUAAUUCUUCUAAACAUGAAUGUGGAACAGAAAUUAAAGCUAUAACUAAACAUGAAUUAAAAAUAAUUUCAAAUAAUGAAAAUUGUGAAAUUUUUGUUUUAGUGGAUAUUUAG